AUGGUUGCUCCUGCUUACCACGAAGACACUUAUGUUGACACUGAAUUGUCCGCCAACCUUGAUUCGACCUUUGCCUUCGAAGGACCAGAAAAAUUACUUGAAUUAUGGUUCUUUGAUUCUGACAAGUCUAUUCCUGACCAUGUAGCCAAGGAAGGUUUACGUUCUAUCCCAUUGGAAAAAUGGGUAGAUGUCUUAGAUUUGGUCAGUUGUAAGAUUUUAUCGAUGAAUUCUUCUGAUGAAGUCGAUGCUUAUUUAUUGUCUGAAUCUUCUUUGUUUGUCUUUGCCCACAAGAUUAUUUUGAAGACUUGUGGUACUACCACUACUUUGGCUUGUCUUGAUAAACUUUUUGAACUAGUUAAUGAAUAUUUAUUCAAUUCUAUGGACAAAGUUUAUCAAGGUACUGAUAUUUUGAGAAUCUUUUAUUCCAGAAGAUCUUUUAUGUUCCCUCUUAAACAGAAACAUGUUCAUAAGGACUGGAAACAUGAAGUUGCCUUAUUGAACAAUUUCUUUGGGAACGGUAAGUCCUAUGUAGUUGGAGAUUUUGCCAGUGAUGACCAUUGGUAUUUGUACAUGGGGGGUAAUUCUCCUGAAUCCAAUGAUUCCAACUCAAGUACUGACCAGACUUUUGAAAUUUUGAUGACAGAAUUGGAUCCAAUUAAGGCUAAAAAGUUUGUAACCACCAGAAAGCCUGGUGGAUCUUCUCUUGUUCAUGAAAAUGAAGAAGAUGAAUCUGAUUUAGGCCAUGAUUUAGGACUUGAAAUGAUGUCUGAAACAAAGUUGGACAGUGUAUUUGCUGAAAAUCAUUGUACCGACGUUUCUACUCAUAUGCCAUCUCCUUCAUUGUCUGAUAGUCUUGAAUUUGAGGAAGAUACUACUCCAAUCAUCAAGGAAUGUUCUUCUUCCAAGUUUCAAUUUAUUCAUGAUGCCUUUGCAUUCACUCCUUGUGGAUUCUCAUCAAACUCUAUUUCCAGAGUGGGUAAUUACUACUACACUUUGCACAUUACCCCAGAAUCUGGUUGGUCUUAUGCAUCAUUUGAAACCAAUUACCCAUUUUAUAAGUCUGACACUCUCAACAUCACUGAUGUUUUACUUCGUGUGUUGAAUAUUUUUGAACCAGGUAAGUUCUCUGCCACAUUAAUCACCGAACAAGGUGACGAUGCUAAUGUGUUGGAGAAUUUCAAUAGUUUGUCAAACUGUUCUGAUCUCUUAUUGAAAUCUUUCUCGAAGUUUGGAUAUGAAAAGCAAGAACGUGUUUUAUAUGAUUUGAAGGGGAAUUACAAAUUAUUAUAUUUAAACUAUGCCAAGAUUUCAAAAGAAUAG